ACUUUCACUAGUACUGCCAGAGUCCUGUCUGUGUGGGCAGCCAGCUACGCAGGUUAGCAACGGCGCAGAAUUGACGAGCAAGUUGUCACGAACAGUUGGUCAGUUCGAGGCUCUUUGACUAAGAUCAGGUUUAAAGCCAAUGUCGGACACGGAGCCCAAAUCAACCCAGGACCUGACGGCCGUGGUCCAGACCUUACUACAGCAGAUGCAGGACAAGUUCCAGACCAUGUCAGACCAGAUCAUUGGCAGGAUUGAUGAGAUGAGUACACGAAUUGAUGACCUGGAGAAGAACAUCUCCGACCUCAUGACUCAGGCAGGGGUGGAGGAGUUUGAGGGGGAGAACAAAGUCACGGACGCAUCAGGCACAGCUUGAUUAAGGUGCGUUAAGUUCUGGCAGUUCACCAAGUACCAUGGAAGACCAUUGGAGUGGCAGAGUUCUCUUAAUGUAAUGGCGUGUAUGUAUGUAUGUAUGUAUGUAUAUAUGUCUGUAUGUUUUGGUUUUUUUUUGGUUUUUUUUUUUUCUUUUUUUAGGGGGUGACAGUGUUUACCAUGUGUGCAAAUAGCAUUUGAUAUUGAAUAUAAUUUACUGCAACAAUUUUGUUUAAUGCUGCACUUAAAUAUGUUUUGACAAAAUCUUUUAGAAUGUAGGUUCAGCAUGCCCCCUUUUCUAAGACAGCAUUGGGUUUUGCAUUUCCAGUCUGUUGUCUGGUCAUUCAAACCUAACUAAGCCACAUGACAGAAAAAAAGUUAUGCUUGCAAGAUCCACGUGUGAGAGAUAGUGGAAGGUUAAAGAAUGAUAGGUAGUGUAGUUUGGAGUGGCAUAGUUACCAACAGCCUUCUUUCACAGCAAUAAAUUAAUUUAUUCUAACAUUGCAGGCAGGAAAGCAUCCUCUUACUGGUCAAACGUCAAUAACUAUGCAAACAUCUGUUCAUAGUGAAUUCCUUUAGAAUGAGAAAUGUUGCAUUUGAUGUUUUUGUGAUUAGAGUAGAACGAUUUUGAGUGGAUAGCGUACCUGAGGGUAGUGAUGGUCACACCUAGUCAUUCAAACCACUUGGGUAGAGUCACGCAUAGAGUGAUGAUAUCAAGAUUGCAUAUGCAGUGUGGGCUCACAGCUUGGUUGAAAGCAAAAAUACAUUUGAUUUCACUCUUGCUGGGUACUUGGUUCCUUCAAGUUUCAUCAGUGUUUUCAUUCAGUGUUUUUUCUAGAGGUAUAAAAUAAUAAUUUCCAAGAAUCUGAACCUGAAAUCGUCCUAAAAAGUCAAACCUCAUUAAAGUCGAGGCCAAAACAGGAUUGUAAUGUGAAAAAAAAACUCAAAACAUAAUUGUCUCUUUUAAAUUUUAAUGCUGUUUCCGCAAAGACUCAUCAGUUAGUUAUUUUAUCCAGAAGCUAAAGAAGU